UUUUCUCUCAGUUUUUAGUAUGUUUAACAGACCUUCAUGUGCCUAUAUAAUAAGUCAACUCUUCAGGUGGCUCGAUAUAAGCUGGUGAUCUUAUUAUCUUAUUAAUAUGCACAUAAUUAUUUGGCUUCUUCAACCGGACUUUCAGUAGAUAUAAUUAUUCACAACUUUCUAACAUUCAAAAUCCCUAGUUCUACACAAACGAAAUUCACUAUUCAGACCCCCAAAUCUAAUCACAGUAAACACCGCCGGAUUUCGCCGCGCCGCCCCAGCCGUUCCUCGCUACAGCUCCUUAGCUGCUCGCUCGGCGCCACCACACCUCCUUUCGCCGCCAGCAGCCCAGGGCAAAAACAUGUCGGAGGCCCUCCUCUUAUCAGUGAUACAGAAGCUGGACAUUAAUUAUCGAGAGCACAAGGCAACAAAUGAGCAAAUGGAAAGGGUAAUUACGGAGAUGAUAGAGAUUCUAGAUAUGGUGAGGGAUAAGAAAUUAGAAGACGGGAGAAGCCUAAAUUUUUUUGUAAGUGACCUCGUCGACGUGGCUGACGAUGGCCUCGAACUUUGCAAACGACACGAACUCCAUCAUUUCCACUAUGAUUCCAUCCAUAGUUGGAUUGGAGAGAUCAAAGAGCGCAUGCUUAAACUGGGAGAUAACGGGGCAGAGAUGGAGUCCAACAUGAGAUCAUCAAAAAAUGUUGAUGAUGAAGAUGUGGUGGGAUUGGAGGAAGACGUGGAAAUGUUGCUUCGCACAAGGAUUAUUGGUGGGACAGGAUACCGGAAGACUGUUCUUAUCAAAGGGAUGUGUGGUACUGGAAAGACAACUCUUGCCAGAGAGAUAUACAACCAUCCAACCGUCAUUGAGCGAUUCAAGCGUCGUGCUUGGGUAUCUAAUUCUCCUGACUUCACUCUUAAAGAGCUACUUAUCAAACUAAUACAACAGGUAGUUCCUCAGAAUCUCCAUACAUCUUCGCUAUUGAAGAAUAUGGACAACCGAAGGCUCCGAGAUAUGCUUUGCCAACACCUGCAAGGAACGCGAUAUUUUAUAGUUCUCGACGAUUUGCCCAAACAAACGCACUUGGUGUCUUUCUUGAAAGCUCUUCCACGAGGAUGGAAUGGAAGUAGAUUGCUGCUCACAAGUCACACCACCCAUAUCAACAUACGUGUAGGCGAAGAAGAUGUUCAUCAGAUGAAACCUUUGGAUUCUAAAAAGAGCUGGCUAUUGUUUUUGAAAACAAUAAACCAUGGCAAUAAGUUGACGGGUGAGCACAAAUUCCCAAAGUCCUUGGAGCAUAUGGGAAAAGAAAUGUUGAGAAAAUGUGACGGUCUGCCAUUAGCUAUAAAAGAGGUGGGAAAGCAGUUAGCGGAAAGGAAAUUAUCAGGGAGUAAUGAAUGGGAACAACUUCUUGAAUCAGUUGAUUUUGGUUCAACAUUGAAGUUAUUGGAAUCGUUUUAUCAUAAAUUGGAUCCCAAACUGGAGCUAUGUUUCAUGUCUAUGUGCUUCUUUAAGAAAAGUACAACUUUGAGGGCAGAAAAGUUGACACAGAUUUGGGUUGCAGGAGUAGUGGAUUAUGUACAUCAAUGUUGCUCAUAUUUAUAUGGUUUAAUUAAUGAAUCAGUUAUUGAAGUCAAGAACAAGGGCACCAAGUAUCAAAUGAAUGCUUUGCUACACAUGCUAUCCAUCCAAAAAGCAGAGAAGGAAUUAGGUUUUGAGAUCCUUAGGAACAAUGGAAAUAAUCAACCCUCUCAGAGUCCUCGUCAUCAUCGUGUUAUCAUUUGUAGCAGAGACAAGUUCAACUACUCCACGAAUCAAGAUAAACAUCUUGUUUCUCUCUUCUUCCAUGGAGGUGGCUACUUCGACACUAGUCCAUCUUAUUGGAAGAGUUUUGAACUACUUAAGAUACUUGACUUGGAAGAUUUUGGGCUGAAGAAUUUACCGGAAAGUAUUGGCACAUUGAUGGAAUUAAGAUACUUGGGAUUGAGAAACAAUCACAUACAAGAGCUGCCAAACUCGUUGGGGUGCUUGAAAAACCUCGAGGUUCUUGAUAUAGCUCUAAACUUUAUGGUGGAUGUGCCAGAUAUUAUAUGGGAAAUGCGUAGCCUUCGCCACCUCUACUUGUCUGAUGUUAUUUGCCGAAAGCCUCUGAAGAUAGACGCGCUACUGUUUCUAGAGACCUUAACCUACGUCUCAAUUGAUAAUUGGACGUAUGGGCUAUUGGGCUUAAAAAUGUUAACUUUUCUUAAGAAAUUGGGCAUAGAAGGAUUGGAUGGAAACUCAGAUGUAAGCAAGCUCUUUGUGUCAUUGGCUGACUUGGAGUAUCUUGAUUAUCUAAUGUUAAGAGGGUAUCGUUUCAGAAGCAUGCCUUGUUUGGAUGAGCUUGCUAUUCUACAAAGACUCCGUACGCUCAAAUUGGAUGGACUCCUUGCCAAGUUACCAAAUGAUCUCCCUCCAUAUAUUGAGCACUUGAAGUUGGUUAAUAGCUGUCUUGAUGAAGACCCCAUGCCAAUGCUAGAGAAGCUACCCUGGCUAAAACACCUCAAAUUGCGGAAUGCAUUCACUGGUCAACAAAUGGUGAGCUUGCGCUACGGCUUCCCUCGUCUCAAAGUCUUGUGCAUGGAAGAGUUGUGGAAUCUGAGAAAUGUACAAGUUGGAGAAGGUGCAAUGUGUAUGCUCCAGAAAUUAGAAAUCCACAAUUGUCCAUAUCUGGAUACCCUCCCAAAAGCGAUUGUGUCGAUUUAUUAUCUGAAGGAGUUAAAGAUGAUGACAACCAAAAACAUUGCAGCAAAGAUCAGGAAUUCAGACUUAAUCUCCAAAAGAAUUAUCGCGAAUAUCAAUCCAUGAGCUAGCGUAGUAAUCUGCAUUAUUGUUACGUGCAUUUUGUUUGUUGGCGUUAAUUUAAAAGCUUCUUGUUAGAUUUUCUUCCUUGUCUUCUCCCUUGGAGGUUGUGUGUUUGUAAAUGACAUUUGGUUUGUGACAAUUGAGGUUUGUAAAAAUUAUCCUCUGUUUCUCCCUUGAUGUUGGAAUAUAUUGGAUUUCAUGGUUA